UGGUUCGGCACUGCGGUGGGAGAGACGAUAUAAAACCGGCGUAAUUUCAAUGCUGUAUUUCAGUCUUUCAACAUCACUUGUCGUGGAAACACCUUUGAAGAUUGUGUAUUUGUGCUCUAGAGAGAGACGAGUCGCGUGUGUGUACGACGCUCGCUAUUCGAUAGAUAUACUACACUAAUAGUGUGAAUACCCAGAGAGCCAGAGAUCAAAUCUCGAAAUUUGCUACACUUUUUUUUUCUACCGAAGCACGAAACUGAACGAACACCCGCAAAGGCCUUCGAACUCCUUCGCAGAGACUCACGAUUCGCGCGUGCGAAAAAGAAACAAGUGAAAAUCAUAACAAACCGAAGAGAGUGAUUCGUGAACAAUUUGUGCUCCGGAGGAACAAGGUUGUGCGAUUGGAUGGAUGUUUACAAUCAGUGGAAGAUCAUUGCUAGUGAAGGUAGAAAAACUGUAGCUGAUUUUGCUGAGCUGAGCUGAAACUUCGAGGGAGAUUGUUGUGUUGGCAAGUGCAAGUUUGCAGAGAUUAAAACUGCGGCAAACCAGCUAGUGUUGGCCGUUUGGUGAUCCCGCAAAAGCAACUCCAGAAGCCCUGUUUUCGGAAAGCUAGGUCCUUCAUGUGGAAUAAUUCUGAAAGUGGCAGUAGCUAAGUUUUCCGAAAAACAGACCAAGUCCCAAAACCAAGAAAAAACCCUUCGCCGAUCAUACUGAAGCUUAAUUUCACGCGAAGAUUAAUAGUGCAUCGUGUUACGAACUAGAAAGCAAACAAAUUUCGCCUGAACAAACGAAAAGUGCGCAAUCAUUUCGACAAACGCGACGAAGUCAACGAACGUGAAGAAAAGAGACUUGCCCGAACCACAUUUCACUCUAAUCAACGAUAAUUCAAAUCAAUUGUUAGUUGCAACCGUGCAUGCAAGAAGAUACUGUGUGGCAGUGAACUCGAAAGGAGGAACACAGAAAAAGCAAGACUGAAUCGCUGAACCGAAUUUGCUCCACCUCAACACCCGUUCGUCGUCCGUCCAUCGGUUCCGUUUGUCGUCGUCGUCCAAAAAGUCCGCUACUCUCCGUUCCGCAGCACUAACUCCCGCCCCACGUCUGUGGCUGUGUAUGCGCGUGCUUUUGUGGCGAAAAGUGUAAUUGUGAAAGUACCCUAAACUCCCCGAACCGUACCCUCAUCGUGUGUGCACUUUGAGAGACUUUGACGAGAGUGUAGUAGCGGAAAGCAAAGAAAAAGUAACCAGCAGGCAGUAACAACUGGUGAAGGAACUGGACGAAAAACCGACGAAAAUUGCGCAAAGGGAGCGAAACAGAGUGUGUUAGUUCAGAUCGAAUGCAUGGAAAACGACUAUUAUAACAGUAUUGGAAAAUUGUUUCAUGCGGGAGCGGCGAAAUUGGCGAAAUUAGUUAGCCCCCAACAGUGAUAAUCGGCUGUGCAGAAAAUAUUUAACUCAUCGUUGUAAAUACUCGAAACACACACACACGCAACCGCAGCGGGGUCCUUUGCCCAAAUCACGGAAAGCCAUAUUAGAUAGAGCCUCGACUAGAGUACAUACUAGGGUAAAUAAUCAAGCCAACAAUUAACGGUUGCUUGCAACAUGUCUUCAGCUAGUGCCCCGACGACUGGUGAAUCGGUGGAAAUGCCAUCGGUGGCCACCGUGGAGGUGGCGCCUGCAGCCCCAGCAAGCAGUAAUGCAAGAAUCGUUGAAAAGGUGGAAACCGCCACAAUGACUGAUAUGCUUCCCAUAGAAAAUGAAGAAAGUGAAAGUGCUGCUGCUCCGAGUAGUAAAGUUUGCAGCAGCGAAGAGGUGAAGCCUGAACCACAGUCGCUAGUUCAGUGUGAACCACCAGCAGCAGCAGCAGCAGCAGUAGCAGCAUCAGUGAUGCCAGUGCCAGAAAAGAGUGAGUUGAUCAUCAAGGAGACCAUGCAACACAUGGAAGCACUAGAACUGGACGACGAGGCCGUUGUUGUCGAGGAAGAACCCGACACCCUGUCGCCACUCAUGACCGACAAUCAUACGUAUCUUCAGCAUCAGGAGUUGAUGCGGGAGGAGGGUGAAACGAGUCCGCAGCAUCACUAUCAUCACCACCGUCAUCACCACGGUCAUGACGAGAUCCACGAUUACGACCUCGACGACGACGAAGAGGAAGACGAUGAGAUGUACAUGGAGGACGAUGACCAUAUGGAUCCGGCAGCACCGGCGGUCAGCAUGAAGCAUUCGGACACGAAAGACUCGAUUAGUUCCAUCGACAGCGAUGUUUCAUUGUCUUACGAUAGAAGAAGUUCGACCGAAUCGCAGAAUCCGCCGGAAGACGCCGGAACGGGAUCGUCCGAUGAUAACGCCAAGGACUCGGGCUGUGAAAUCACCAAGAAGCUGAUGGAUGCAACGUCCGCCGAAGAGGAAGCGUACGAGGUUCCCGACGAUGAUAUGUGCGAGAAGAUUGUCGAACAGGUAGAAUUCUACUUCUCGAACGAUAACAUUCUGAAGGAUGCGUUCCUGCUGAAGCACGUGAGACGCAACAAGGAAGGAUUCGUCAGCCUGAAGCUGGUGUCGAGCUUCAAACGCGUUCGUCAGCUGACCAAGGAUUGGCGCGUGGUAGGUGAAGCCAUCAAACGUAAAAGUGUCAAGAUUGAACCAAAUGAUGUGGGCACGAAGAUUCGUCGCCUGGAACCACUGCCAGUGUACGAUGAGACAACUCCAUCCCGGACUGUGGUAGCCACGGGACUGCCGUACGACAAGUAUACCGUGGAGAAGGUGUCCGAAUUGUUCUCAAAGUGCGGAGAAAUUUCUCUGAUUCGUGUGCUGCGUCCCGGUGGCCCCAUCCCGGCGGACGUCCGUCAGUUCAUCAACAAACAUCCGGAACUGCAGCAGAACGAAUGCGCACUGAUCGAGUUUACCGAGUCGGCUUCGGCUCGCCGUGCUCAAAACAUGGAAGAGUUCAUCGUACUGGAGUUGGUCGCCCCCAAAAAGAAGACUGGCAAAAAAGCCAACGUAACCAAGUUUGUGGAGAACUACAAGUUUGCAGGCCAAGACAUGGAGCGCAGCCGCGGGGGUGAGGCCUUCGAUCGGUUCAAGAUGCGCCGUGGUUCGGCUGGGUUUUACCCGAAGCCGGAAAUGCAACAUGUAUACCAGCAAAUGGUCGCACAACCACUGCCGCACCAUGAGCAGCCAACCAUGCAGCAAAUUGUGCCGCUGCAGCCCCAGCAGCAACAACAGCAACCAAUGUACAUACCGCACUCGCCACAGCAGCGAAAGUAUUCGUACGGAAAUGAAAACUUUGACUAUUUCAACCGUCGUCCGAGCACUUUCUCGAUGGGCAGCAACGAUCAGUCUCGCAAGUAUUCCAGCUGUUCGGACGGCUACUCGAGCUGUGGGGAAAUGUCUCGCCGUACAUCGCAGUGCUCGUCCGCGGCAGACAGCAUGUCUCGCCGAGCGUCCAACUGCUCCGAAGUGCCAUCCAGAAGAACGUCCAACUGUUCCGAGUUUUGCUCGUGCUCGCGCAGAAUGUCCCAGUGCUCGGACGUGUACCGUCGAAUGUCCCAAUGCUCGGAACACAACGUGCGCAAAUUCUCGGUCGGGUCCAACUACGAUCGCAAGUUUACCAACUCACCGGAAAUGGUCAUGCCCCAGCGCCGUAUCUCGAUGGACUCCAACUACGAGCGCAAGUUCUCCAACGGAUCGAUGGGCUUCGAGAGCCCCAACAUUUCGCCGCGUAAAUAUUCCAACGGAUUCGACCCGCUGCGGAAACUGUCCAGCAGCUCGGAGUACUACAACGGACGUCGCAUCUCAACCGAUUCCGGCUACGACCGGCGCAUCUCGGUGGGAUCGGAAUGCUCUAGCGCGGGACCCCGAUCGCGCUCGAACAGUGCCGUCCAGAUGCAGUGCCAUCAGCAUCAGGUCCAGGGUGAGGCGGUUCGUACCCCGAUCGGACCAGACGGCAGCAAAGGAUUCGGGUCGCGGACUCGUCGCGUCGGCCAGAUCGUCCCCCCGGCCUAAGCUCGUCGAAACCUGCCACAAAACAGAUCAUCCACACCCACGUAGGUUCGUUAGGUUACAUAUUUUGCUUCUUACACCUAAGUAUUGCGCACGUCCCGAAGUAUUGUAUGUGGGAGUGAAUUGCGUACGAUCGAGAACCAACGACGCACCCCUCGCUAGAACUGCCCCAGCCCAAACGAUCGUCGUCGUCUCCACGGCUUGAAGACUUUCACUGUCCCAGAUCGCCGUUUACCUUCACGUGCUGCAUAGCUCGGUGCAUAGCACCCUCGUCGACCAGACUGAUCGCAAAUAAUUGCGCAAAGUCAACGACGCCGCCACAAAGCCGAGAACCGCGGGCUGUGAGACUGUACUCGACGGUCAGGUCUGCAGAUAAAAACGUGCUCCACACACGAUCGUCGAGCCCGAGAAGAGAGCGAGUGGAGGUAGACAGCGUGGCGUGGCGACACGUGAGCGCGGUAGCGCCGAUCAACAGGUCUGCGGGCGAACGGGAGAAGUGAGAGAAAGAGCGAGGUUCGGUGGGAUCCAGUGAUGCCAGUUGAUUGGAAAAUUGUUAUCACUUGAUCUUGAUCACUCUUCGAGGACGCAGGGUAGCAAAACUUAAAUUUUACCAGUGAUCAUUUCAGUCAAAUUGAGUUUCCGACAAAUCCCACUACUCAGCCUUCGAGAUAGCGAUCAAGUUCAAAGCCUGGCAUCACUGCUUCCGGCUUUGUCGACGCCGACGGCGCAGAGAAUGAUGAAUGAGCGGCGCACCGUCUCCCACUCUCUCUCUCUCUCUCUCUCUCUCUCUCUCUCUUCGGGCACGAUCGCGAAACGAUCUUUGACUGGGGCGGCGACGGCGGGGGGCCAUGUGCGUUGGCCGGCCGACGUCGCGACGAUGCUGAUCUUGGCUCUUGUGGUCGAUCGGCGACGGAAUGCGUCGUGGUCGGAACCUUUUAUGAAUGUCUCAGCGAGUGUUUGCGUGACGAGAAUCUUGUCAGAUUUCUAUUUUUAUUCUAGGUUAAGUUUCUUUUUGUUUUGUUAUUUUGUUUCGCUGUUACUAUUAUCAUCGACCUUGUAUCGCGUGACAUUGUUUAGUUAUUUUUUACACACAAACACACUCUCUCGUAUUUAUUCUUAGUUUUGUUCGCGCAUUACUAGUUGGUUAGCUCGUUAGGAUUGGCGGCAGCAGCACACACAUUUAUACGCGUGCAUCAAGAUAUUCGUGUCCCAUGGGGUCGCAGGCUUAGCAUUACUUAAAAAAAAACCCGUAGGUUAGGUGACUCUAUUGUCUACGUCGCACCUUUCAUAUUGCCGCAAGCAGAGAGUAAUAGUCAUUCUAGGUUGUUCGUUUACGCCAAAGGCGCGUGUGAUGGAUUGCGGAGGAACUUUGCGAAUCGGGCUUGGUGUUUUUUUUUCUUUUCUUAAAAAUGUCAAGUUCAUUAGACACUAUCAAUCAAACGAUUUCAAACGAUCAAAGAACGUUCUCUCGAAACUAGUCAUAAAUUUACUUCGUGCCUCAAAUGACCUUGACCUGUUUUUCACGGAUUCAAAUUCAGGGUCUUGGCCGUUUUUUGUUGAAAUAGGGUAAAGUGCUUUGAAGUUUUAAACUUACAUUUUCGUUUUUUACCAGCAAAAACUACAUCUAAGCACUAAGAAAAUCUUUUACAAUGAUUCAAUUUUAACUAAGAGCAGUUUUUGACAAUUUAAUUUAUUGUUUAAAAAAUUAGACGAAAUUAAAAUUUGGAAGACUUUUUGGUUCUUUACUUUAUUGUUAAACAGAGACAGCUCAUUAAUUCGAAUGUCACUUAUUUGUACUUAUUUGUUAAUCAAAAAACUGUUCAACUGUCAAAAAUUAACUGUAAUUCGUUGGAAUUUGUGAAUUUGAAUUCAGUUGUUCUACAGCAGUUGCAUUCAAAUUAGCGAAUUUUCUCUGUAAUUGGUUGUAACGACUGAAAAGAAAAGUUAAGCAAUCUCAAAUGAAAGUGUAGAAGAAGCAAAGUUAGGCAUGCUACCUUUACAAUUUUAAGAAGAUUGCUAAAAACUAAUGUUUUGAAACAGAACGGAUUUGAAGCUGUUCAAUAUUAAUCGCUGAUUUUUUGUUUUUUUGAAGCUAACGUCACACGGAGAAAAAAGAGUUC